AUGUAUGCUAGUUGGGUAAAUGGCACAAAUUUAUUGCUCGUAGUUAUUGUUCAAAGUAGGACAUCAUCAAGCGUUUGCUAUGAUAAAAACCAGUGUCCUAUGAUUUCGCCUCCAGAACUUCAAUUCGCAUUUACUCAAGUCUGUUUUAAAAUUCAGUUAUCUUUUCUGCCAUUUAAUUUUCGUAGUUUUUAG